GAUCUUGUGUCAGUGUUGUCAAGUGAAGUAAAGUGUUAUAUUGUUUUUAUCGGUAUAUCAAACCCCGCUGUAGAUUUCUACCUUCUGAAAUGUGUAAUAGUUGUGCUCGCUGUAUCCGGUCUCUAAUCGGAGCAGCUUAACACCAUGUUGUGCGUCGUGUAGGCUUUUUUUUUGUGAGAGGGGGGGUAAAGCAGAAAAUGAGUUGACAUCUGCAGCAGAAGUAUAGCUCGGAAAUGGCAACAUACAACACAGGAGGGCAUCCGGUAGUGGUGGAGGUGAGCCCAGAUAUUCACAUCUGUGGCUUCUGCAAGCAGCAGUACAAUAAUUUUGAAGUCUUCCUCGCUCACAAGCAAAAUGGAUGUUCCCUUCCCACCUCUGACACAUCAGCCCCCUCAGCAACAGCCCCUCUCACAGAUUCCAGCGCAGAGUUUGUGUUUGAGGAAACCUACCAGACCUGCGUUAUGAGAGGUGUCAAAAAGAUCCUGACCAAAGCGCAGAAAACACCUUCCAAAAAAUUAAAACCUGCCCUGACUUCAAAGAGACACAGCUGCUGUUUCUCAGGUUGCACUUUUAAGACACAGUACGGCCAAAAAGACAUGGAGCGGCAUCUCAAAACGCACACAGGUGAGAAGCCGUUUGAGUGUGAGCUGUGCCACAAGCGCUUCAGCCGACGGGACAAGCUCAAUAUGCACAGCCGCUCGCACACGGGCGAGAAGCCGCACAAGUGUAAACACUGUCCCUACGCAGCAGCAGACAGCAGCAGUCUGAAGAAGCACUUGCGCAUCCACUACGACGAGCGGCCGUUCAAAUGCCAGAUCUGUCCUUACGCCAGCCGCAACUCCAGCCAGCUCACCGUGCACCUCCGCUCGCACACCGGCGAUGCACCUUUCCAGUGCCCACAGUGUGACGCAAAGUUCAAAAUCAACUCAGACCUGAAGAGGCACAUCCGGAUUCACUCGGGCGAAAAGCCUUACAAGUGUGAUUUUUGUGAGUACCGCUGCGCCAUGAAAGGCAACCUGAAAUCUCACAUUCAGAUCAAACACGGCACUGAUAACUCCUUCCACUGCGUGCACUGCGAUUUCAAGUGCGCCAACAAAACUGCUCUGCGGCAACACUCGCGAGAACACCAACCCAUUCAGCCCAUUCAGUGCUCCAAGUGUACUUACUCCUGCGCCAGCAAGGGGGCGCUCAAAGUCCACGAGAGGAUCCACUCAGAGGAGCGCCCCUUUAAAUGUGACUUCUGCAACUUUGCCUCCAAGCAGCGCAGCAACCUCGUCAUCCAUAAAAAGAAGUUCCACUCAGAUAAGCCUGAGAAAGGCUGUGGCGGGAAAGGUGGAAGGAUUGGAGGUAAGAGUGGAGGCGGUGACUCUCCAAAGCCGGUCAGCUCCCGGUAUCGGGCCAAACUAGAUGCGGCUCGAGCUUUCUGCUGUGACUCCUGCGAUGCUUCUUUUGUCCGGGAAGACUCGCUACGGAGUCACAAGAAGCAACACAGAUACACUCAGAAUGUGUUGCAGCUCCAGCUCUCCGCUCCAACGGACACAGUCAACUUGGUUCCCGCCACAACGUCACAAACCCAGCUUGAAGUUCCUAUCACAUCUGACUCAAUGACUCCUUACAGCAGUGCACAGCUCAAAAUCAUUGUAUCCCAUCCUCUGAGCCAGGAGAACCCCUUACUUCCAGCUGGUGUGGAUGGUCAGAACAAGACCAACAUGGUCCUGCUAAGCCCAGAAAACCAGGACAUGGUAGUCAACUCCAUGAUCCAACAGGUCAACCUACUGGCACCUAUGCAACCACUUGGGUCGUCUCAGACCGCAGAAGCCACCCUUGAACCCCAGACGGUCUUGUUGACACAACUCAGCACCACAGAUGCCAACAACCCGCUCCACCAGGCGCUGCUGCAGACGGCCAUAACCGCUCAGGACUCCAACAGCGGCACGCAGACUUUCAUCACCACCUGCUCUGAACUGGAGGGCCUCAACGCCUUGAUCCAGGAGGGCGGCACAGAGGUUACGGUAGUGACAGAAGGGAACACCGCCAUGGUGACCACGGCAACGCCACCCGACAUGGUGUGUGGACCAUCGAAGGACAUGCCUAAGCCAGCAGGGACAGUUACAGUGGAGGACAGUGCCUUACCCUGUGAGGAAAAUGCGUUACUCGUGCCAAACAUCAGCCUGAGCAGCCAGAACGUCGUCAUCCACGGCGUUCCUCUGAUAGUGUCCACUCAGUCACAGCAGAGUCCGAUAGAGCAGCUCUCGCCUCACACCCUCUACUCAGACUCACACACACUGGAAGGCAUCCCGCAAUGACUGAAGGGCUUGGCGUGUUUUUCUGAACAUGAAAAAAGACUAUAACUGUAUCAUAAGCUAUUUAUUUGCCAGAAAAAUAACUUUUAGUUGUAAAGUUUGU